AUGGUCGAAAAUGAUCAAUGUUACGCCAACAAGGAUAACUCACUCAAGGCCGACUUUAUGUAUGAUCUUUUGAGUAUUGGAGAACCUUACGGCCAUUUAAGGUUCCAAAAAUGGAAAUCCAUGAGUACCAGAGGAAUUGAAGCCUUUGCAACUACACAUCCUAACACAUUCUUGAGAAGAACUAACAGGGGAAUUCCUCAGAGAUAUAGAUGGGAAAGUUGGAAAGUAGCCCUAAACUAUAACCAUUAUUUCUCAAUUGUCGGCGACUUGUAUGAAUCGUACAGCACAAAGCAUAAUGAAUACUCCUCAAUAAUAAACAUCGAUGUUCCAAGGUUGUCAAACUAUUCUCUAAUAAGUUUUAGAACAUUUCCCGAGUUAAAAGUUUUUAAUAAAGAAUCCCAGAAUCAACUCCAUCGCAUUUUGUCUGCAUACGGAAAUUAUCAGCCAGAGAUUGGAUAUUGUCAAGGAAUGAAUUUCGUUGCAGGACUCUUAUUGUUGGUCAGCGGAUUUAACGAGAAGGAAGCGUUUGUCGCAUUUGUAGGUCUCAUGAACGAGUUUAAACUACUCGAGUUCUAUAAACCAUCAUUUCCAGUGAUCAAACUCUAUACCGCAGGGUUUGAAAACUUAUUGAAGAGGUUAUCUCCUCAGUUAUACGAUCAUUUGAAAAAAGAGGACGUCUCAGUCUCUGUAUUCUUAAACCAAUGGUUUUUGACGUUGUUUGUGGCCAGCUUGCCACUCAGAACAGUGGUUGCCCUAUGGGACUACAUGCUAUACAACGGAUUAUCGAGCGUUUUAACGGUUUCUCUGGGCUUAAUGUGGCUCUUAAUGCCCCAAAUUACAAGGCUCAACUUUGAGGGGAUCCUUACUCUUUUGAAGGACAUAAAAUCGUCAGACAGCAAGGACGACCUCAGAGUAGGAAGGGUAAUAAUAAACCAAGCACACAGAAUCUCAACUUCUACACCUAACUUAAACGACUACAUUAAUCCUUCUAACGUUUUCUCUGAUAAAGAAGAUGAUGCAGAGCAAGCUCAAGAGAUUUAG